CUGGCUCAUCAAGAUCCCUGGUUCUUCAGCUCCUUCCAGCUCAAUAAUGCAAAGUGGAAAGAGAAUCUUCCACGUCAACAAUUAGUUCACUUAACAGUGGUAAUCAUCCAAGAAGUGAAUUGAAUCACGAUCACUCUCUUUCUCUCUCUAACUUUCCUUUUCUUCUUCUCUGUUUUACUUCUGGUUUCAUUUCCAUUCCGUGUUCUUCUACGAAACCAUUAAAUUCUUUACCUUUCGUUGAUCCUCGCCGACCGAAGGUAACAGGUAACGACACUGUUAGCUUAACUCAACUCAAGCGUCUUUCCCGGUGUACACUUUUACCUCAUGAUUAUUCGAACGGUCUCUGAAAUGGGUUCCUUAAAAAUCAUUUUGUUGAGAGUAAAAAUCGAAAAGUGGGUUUAGUACUGGUUUCCAAAAUCCAUUUCCAAACUUGAGACAAUAAUUUCCGUUAUUGAAAUUGCCUAUUUUGAGAGUUAAUUAAGUUGGUUCAACACUUCAUUCCAUGCUUUGUUGAUGUGGGGAGACAGGGAUUGUUUUUAGUGAAAUCCAUCAAGAAAGGAUUUGAUGUUUUAAUGUUUCAUCCCAGGUGUGACGGAGAGAUAUUCUGGGGUGAUGCAAAGAGUUAGAUGCCAUAUGAUACACGAAUGCUAGAAAGGAAGGGAAGGGAAGGAAUGGAUAAAGAAGGAAUUCUAAAGCACCAGUCAUGUCGGUUUCACAAGUGAAUCCAUCGGAAAGCUACCAAACAUUGUGAAUAUUUGGGAUUUUUAUGGGUUGAGUCAUGAGAGUUUUGGUAUGAUGCUGAAUUGGUAGUGAAUUUCAAGGAUUAGUUUGGAUUUAUUUUCAGGCCUAUAUCUACUGCUGAGAACCUAGCGUUUGUGUGCGGCCAAGAAAAACUUUUGUACCCAAUGAGUGUGGUUGGUUUUGACAUUGGGAAUGAGAGCUGCGUGGUUGCCGUUGCAAGGCAAAGAGGAAUCGAUGUUGUACUCAAUGAUGAAUCCAAGGGUGAGACUCCCUCCAUCGUAUGCUUUGGUGAGAAACAGCGCUUCCUUGGGACAGCUGGAGCUGCAUCAAGUAUGAUGAAUCCAAAGAACACUAUUUCUCAAAUAAAACGUCUGAUUGGCCGCCAGUUCUCAGAUCCCGAGCUGCAACAAGAUCUCAAAGCACUGCCUUUUACUGUUACCGAAGGCCCUGAUGGAUUCCCGUUGAUUCAUGCGUGGUAUUUGGGAGAGACAAGGAUGUUUACACCAACCCAAUUAUUGGCAAUGGUACUCUCUGAUAUGAAGAGCAUGGCAGAGAAAAAUUUAAAUGCUGCAGUUGUUGAUUGUUGUAUCGGGAUUCCUGUUUAUUUCACUGAACUUCAAAGAAGAGCUGUCUUGGACGCAGCUACUAUUGCUGGUUUGCACCCUCUCCGAUUACUUCAUGAAACCACUGCUACUGCAUUGGCAUAUGGGAUUUACAAGACAGAUUUGCCAGAGAAUGGCCAACUGAAUGUCGCAUUUGUUGACAUUGGCCAUGCAAGUAUGCAGGUUUGCAUUGCUGGCUUCAAGGAAGGCCAGUUGAAGAUAUUGGCCCAUUCAUUCGACCGUUCUUUGGGUGGCAGAGAUUUUGAUGAAGCUUUAUUCCAAUAUUUUGCCGCAAAGUUCAAGGAAAAGUAUAAGAUUGACGUUUACCAGAACGCUAGGGCCUGUCUUCGGCUUCGCACUGCUUGUGAAAAGCUUAAGAGAGUACUUAGUGCAAACCCAGAGGCACCUUUGAAUAUAGAGUGCCUGAUGGAAGAGAAGGAUGUCAAGGGCUUCAUCAAGAGAGAAAACUUCGAAAAAAUUAGCAUUCCGAUUUUGGAACGCGUGAGGAAGCCUCUGGAGAAGGCUCUCUCAGAAGCUCGCCUGACAGUUGAGAAUAUCCAUUCAGUUGAGGUUGUUGGUUCAGGCUCUCGUGUUCCUGCCAUUAUCAGGAUAUUGACAGAGUUCUUCCGGAAGGAACCUAGGCGUACAAUGAAUUCAAGUGAGUGUGUUGCCAAAGGCUGUGCUUUAGAGUGUGCAAUCCUCAGUUCCACAUUUGAAGUUCAGAAAAUCCAGGUCAAUGAGAGUUUCCCAUUUCCCAUUGCUUUUUCUUGGAAAGGCGCCUCUCCUGAUGCUCAGAAUGGAGUUUCAGAUGAUCAGAUAAGCGCUAUUGGUUUCCCAAAGGGGGAUGACAUACCGGGCAUGAAGACUUUGACACUUUACAGAUCAGGAACCUUUACUGUUGAUGUUCAAUAUGCUGAUGUGAGCGAAUUACAGGCACCAGCAAAGAUUAGCUCAUAUACGAUUGGUCCUUUUCAAUCCACACAGAGUGAACGGGUAAAAGUGAAGGUGAAAGUUCGCCUAAAUCUGCAUGGCAUUGUGUCGAUUGAGUCGGCAACAACUUAUGAAGAGGUGAAAGUUGAAGUUCCAUUAGUUAAAGAGCCAGCAAAAGAGGCUAAUAAGACAAAUAUUCCUGUGGUCGAGCAUAUUUAUGGAGGAAUGUGCCCCGCAGAUGUGCAAAAAGCGACGGAGGAGGAGUUUGAAAUGGCUUUUCAAGAUCGAAUUAUGGAAGAAACCCAAAACAAGAAGAAUGCCGUGGAGGCCUAUGUCUAUGAAAUGAGAAACAAGCUUCGUGGCAAAUAUCAAGAGUUUGUUACAGAUCCAGAGAGGGAAGGCCUUACUGCUAAACUCCAGGAGGUGGAAGAUUGGUUGUACGAGGAUGGUGAGAACAAGACUAAAGGCGUCUAUGUUGCCAAACUUGAGGAGCUGAAAAAGCAAGGCGAUCCCAUUGAGGAGCGUUACAAGAAGUACAUAGAGAAUGGUAACUUUCUAGAGGGCCAGGAGGGAGUCGACACUGGGACUGUUGAACGGGUUGCCGAAUCUCAUGCUCCAAUUGUGGAGCCUUCUACCUCACAAUUGGAGGUUCCUCACAGGGGUCUACCUCGUGAUUGGACAGAGGGUGAUUAUUUGGUUUCGCGUUACCCAGAUGGGUCCGCUGGCAUGAGAUUAGGGGCACAAGAGGAGAUAAAGUUAACUCCUAGAACUUUGUUUGCUGAGGUUCGAGAGGAGCAUAAAGCCAUACUGUCCAACAUUUUUGAACUGUGGCCAAGUACUUUCGUUCGUAUUGUCGGUGCAAGCUCGAUUAUUAGGAAGCUUGCCUUGGACUCCCUGGUAUCUUUCGUGGAGUGGUUGGAGAAUAUGAGUUUGCCUCAGGCUACACCUGGAGAUUUUGAUUCUGCUCGCGAUGGUUUGCAGGCGUUGACGCAUUUUCGAUUGGAAGUUGGUUGGCUUCGUAAGAGGUUGGACCAGAUGGCUGCGCUCCUUGAGCUCCCUGUUGCACGGGACCAGUUGGAGAAGGUGGGCAAGGAAAUAGAAGAGAUGGAGGAGGUGGUAAGGCAAUUGAAAGACAAGAAGGAAGGACUUGUGCAACGAGUAUCCGAGCUUGAGAGUGCUAGUUCGGGGGGGUAUGACAUGUCUAGUCACGCAGGGCAGGGUUUGAGAGGAUAGUGAAAGUUGUUUGUCUUUAUGUAAGAUACAAAUAUAUGCUUGUCUAACGUUAUAAGAUAUGCUUAUCUAAAAUUGAAAGUUAUGCUUGUUUUGUUGUGAAGCUAUGCUUCUCCUUAUCCUUAAGUCUAUAAAAGGAGAAGCCCUUCAUUGUUGUAAAGAGACUUUUCUGAAUAAUAAACUCCUUUGUGUGUCCA